CGUGGGAUACCGGUGCCUCCUCCAUGGUUGCUCGCAGCUUACCGGGCCUGGAGAUGCGCAGGCCGCAAUGAAUGGAGUUGCUCGGCUGCUGCUGAGGAAUUUGCUGAGGGCCUGUACUCAGGCCUCGGCUCUCCGGGCUGUGAGUAUGGAUCGGGCCGUGGUCCGUAGUGUGCCCACCGAGGCCAAGAUGAGCAUUUCAUUCGUCCUGGAUGGCAGCCACCGGCACAUGCAGCGGGAGCAGAGUGAGCCCCUGGGCAAGGCCCUGGCCAGAAUCGCCACUAAUGCAGCCAAAGGACAGAACAAGGCCAAGAAAAGCAAAAAGAACAAGACGGAGCAGGCCGCUGCCUCCGAGCCGCAGGUUGCACUGUAUUAUCUGGGGGAGGCCGUGUCUGAGGAGGCGCUGAACUCUCAGGCCUGGCAGGAUGGUUCGGUGCUUCAAGUAGGAGAGGUCCGGUACCGAGUGGAGAAGAACCCCCCGACCAUAAAGGAGCUGGAGCUGCCGCAGCACAUGAUGGCCGGGUUCCCCGUCUGUCCCAAACUACAGCUGGAGUUCUGCGAGCCCCACACCUCCUUGUUUGUGUGGUACAAAAGGGCCAAAGACGGAGGCUCGCGUGAAGAGCAGGCGGAGGAGGAGUGGGUAGAAGCCGGCCAUGACAGAGUCUAUACCCCGGACAUCCAUGACAUAGGCCUGCGGUUUAAACUGAAGUUCACCCCGGGCAACGGAGAGCGAUAUGGGGCCUCACUUGAGGUGGAAGUGAGUAGUCCCGUGGAGGCCGGGCCCGGGGCCUGCACGUUUGAUCACCGUCAUCUCUACACUAAGAAGAUCAGCGCUGACCCCAUCACCCGUACCGUGUCCUAUAACAUCCUAGCGGACGUUUACGCCCAGACCGAGCACUCCCGUACCGUGCUCUUCCCCUACUGCGCCCCGUACGCCUUAGACAUCGACUACCGCCAGAACCUGAUCAAGAAGGAGCUGUCCGGCUACAACGCGGACCUGGUGUGUCUGCAAGAGGUGGACAAGGCUGUGUUCUCAGACAGUCUGAGGCCGGCCCUGGAUGCUUUUGGACUGGACGGUGUGUUUAGGAUGAAAGACAAGCAGCAUGAAGGCCUGGCCACCUUUUACCGGAGGAGCCGAUACACCCUCCUGAGCCAGCACGAUAUUCUGUUUAAUGAAGCCUUGCUGGGGGACCCUCUGCAUGCCCAGCUGCGGGAGAAGCUCUCUGGAUACCCUGCUGUCAAGGACAAGGUGCUGCAGAGGUCCUCUGUACUACAGGUCUCUGUUCUGCAAUCAACAACUGAUCUUUCCCGAAAAGUGUGUGUUGCUAACACCCAUCUGUAUUUUCAUCCUAAAGGAGGCCACAUCCGGCUGAUACAAAUUGCUGUGGCACUUUCUCACAUUAGACACGUUGCACAUGAACUAUAUUCUGGCAUUCCGGUUAUAUUCUGUGGGGAUUUCAACAGUACACCCUCCACAGGCAUGUAUAGCUUUGUGAAUAAUGGAACUAUCUCUGAGGACCAUGAAGACUGGACCUCCAAUGGGGAGGAAGAACGAUGCAACAUGUCUUUAACCCACUCUAUGAAGCUUAGAAGUGCUUGCGGAGAACCUGCGUACACAAAUUAUGUAGGGGGAUUUCACGGGUGCCUAGAUUAUAUAUUUAUUGACUCGAAUAGUAUAGAUGUGGAACAAGUAAUCCCUUUGCCAAGUCAUGAAGAAGUGACCAGUUAUCAAGCUUUACCUAGUGUUUCACAUCCUUCUGACCACAUAGCACUUGUAUGUGACUUUAAGUGGAAGUAAAUAUUUAAUUUGACCUUCACUUCUUGAAGAACAGAAAAUAAAUGUAAUACUUCCAGCCAUUUACAUUUUCAAUUCUGGGUCCAGGAGCCUCAGGGGUGGGUCUCGGUGCUCAGGGUUUGUGUGUUCCUUUGCAAUGUAUUGGUCUGAGGUUUCUUUUAGGGAAACCAGGACAUAUGUUACAGAAUGAAAGACUAACAACUGUACGGAACUGCCAUUGUUGGGGUAAAUCUCACAAAUUGCAGGGUGAUUGGGAGUUCUGAUAAUUCCUGAAUAAAUUCAUGCAGAUGAGAACAUUUUACAUGAGCUACACCUUUUUUAAAACAAAAAAUCCCCCCCCCCCCCCCCAUGUGCUUGACUAAUUUGCAUGAUUUUGUUCAGAUUUUUAUCUGUACAUAAAAAUGAACUCUCGGUUGUGUUUUGUGAUUUUUAUUUUUUUUAUGCUAAAAUAUUAACUGCAACAGAGCAGUCCAUGACAUCAAAAUAGCUUAAAAAGUAAAUUCUAGAAGCUUUUCAAUGGAAAGCACAGGCAAUUUUAGUAAAAGUACUUUACAUAUUGUCCUGAUGAAUUUAAAGGGACAGGAAACCCACAUUUUUUUCUUUUAUUUAGAAAGAGUGCAAUUUUCCAAUUUACUUAAAUUUAUAUAAAUGGCUUCUUUCUCUUGAUAUAAUUUGUUGAAAAGCAUAUCAAGAUAGGCUCAGCAGCUGCCGAUUUGUGGGAGCAUAUAGGUGCCUUGUGUGAUUAGCUCACCAUGUGCAUUGCUAUUUUUCAACAAAGGACAUCUAAAGAAUAAAGCCAAUUAGAUAAUAGAAGUAAAUUGGAAUGUUGUUUAAAAUUAUAUUCUCUAUCUGAAUCGUAAAAGAAUAAUUUUGGGCUUCAUGUCCUUUUAAAUAGUACACUUACUGCGGCUGCUGAGACAAAACUCAUUCUUACCUACUGGUAGAAAUUAUAUAAUUAUUAUACCUGAAAUAAAUACUGAAGCCAGUUGUAAACUGUAUUUCACUUGUAAAUUAGAUUGCUGUGAUAAAACAAAAACUAUUUUUACUACUA